UCGAUUGUUGAUUUUGUUGAUUCUGGUGAUUCUUUGGGUCUGUGCCAUAACUGUCUGCAAUGAGGUGGAGAGAGGAUAACAAGCUCGGCUACUUCCAUAUUUUCCCUCGCUUGAGAACUUGUCAAGAAACAGAGCUCAUUUUGCACCUGCAUGCGAACGACAUUCCAGUUUUUUCAGAAACUGUGAAAGGAGUCUGUUUGAGACAUGGCACAUUGGGAUCGAAGUAUGCAUGGUGGUACUCAGCAGGGAAGAGAAUGGCCUGCUGGCCCUGCUGAUUGGGGAAUGGGUCCAAGGAAAGCAGGUCGGGGACGUUCUCGGUCGGGAGGGGGCAGAGGAGAUGGAUCAUGGGGGCGCGGUCACUCGAGGACAUCCCCUGCACAUGAGAGCAUGCAUUCGCAGGGGUCCACAUCUCCAACCUGUAUCCAAAGUCCUGCUGCAAGUAGUGGGGGUGGUAAUCCAGCAUCCAGGGUAUACACUGUUCAAACUUUCCUGAAAAUAGCAUCGUGGUCGAAUCAGCAUCAGAUGCGGCGCUUUAUUCAAGCUGCAGUUUCCGAGCCAGACAUAGCCAAUCUCCCACUGACACUAGGUUCUGAGUCUAGUGCUGGACGGAAUCUUAUCCGGGGCAUUUGUGAACAGGCAGUGUCUACUGGUGGUGCGGUGUCCACAGAGACUGGGAAGCGCUCGCAGCCUGUCUCAUUCCAAGCAGUGGUUGUACCGCUUUUGUAUCUCCUAUCAAAGCCAGAGUUCUUCAACUGUCCUGCAUCAGAUGCAGUUAAUAGCAUCUAUGCAGCCGUCAAUUGUGUGAAAGGCUUCAGUGACUACAUUCUUGAUUGCUUGGGCUUCAUCACCAGAAAGAGGAAGGUGAAGGAUGAUGUCCUAUAUGAGGACUGCCAGAACACACAGGUAGCUUGGCUGCCUGCCACAUGGGAGGAUGUUUUCCUCCCGGUGAUCAUGUACAAGUCACAGAUUGUGCCGCGUUUCUGGGAGAACCAAAACAGUGAAAGCGAGCUGCAAUUCACAACUACAUUGAGUGACCUAGUGAAUACCUGGAGAGGGUCAGGGGAUGUUGGCGAUUGUGGGGGAGAGGUUCCAUUUCCUCACACAAACAGAACAAGAGAGGUCGUGAAGGCUUCGGAAAGGCUCCUCCGCCUGGUGAAUGGGACUCUUCAGCAAAAGCUUCGGCGGGAAGCAAGAGAACGAGAGAAACAGCGACAAGAUAUGCUUUUCCCAUCAGAGGCCCAAUCAACAAGAGUUGCAGGAUGUGGGCGGAUUGAGAUCAGUGGGCCUGGGGAGCUCUCAUACUCUGGAGAGCCACGUCAUAGUAACGACCAUGUGAGCAUUACGGAUAUUGCAAUUGCACCUACACCAGAUGAAGUAUUGUGUGUUCAGCAACCUUAUCUGCCAAAGAAUGAUCCCAGUGGGAUGAGUCUUCAUCACGAGAAGGAUCGUCCUGUGAUACGUCACUUGGACAUACAUUUCAGGCUUUUGCGUUAUGAUCUGCUUGCACCACUACGGGAGCGUGUGCUGCUCUUUUCCUCCCUCAAGGAGGAACAGCGACUCAACUUGCGCCGUGGGAGGUUGAUAUUUAACAGACAUGUGAGGGCGGUGGCCAGCUCGGGUGGGCGGUCCACUGAUGAUGUUGAUAUUUUCAUGUUCCAGAACGUCACUGUGAGGGCCGUAGUGGCUAAUCGCGGUACUGGAAUCUCCUACAUGGUGGAAUUUGAUGACAUCUUGCCAAGGGGCAUGUCGACCAAGGAGAGAGAGAUGUUCUGGGACAGGAGCAAACGGCUGCAGCACGGCUCAUUGGUCUGCCUCUGGCGGGCAGAGAAGAGUGAAGAGAGCAGUGGGCAGGAGGCCGUGCAAAAAACCCCUGUGUUACUUUUUGGAACAAUAUCCAUCAGGGAUAUCAAGCACUUGGCAAAUCCCUCCGCAGGGCGGGUUCAUGUAGGGGUGUCUAUGUGUGGAAACCAGCCAUUCAGUGGAAAGGCGAUGGAAAUUCUAGCAGCUGCAGUGAAUGCGAAGAAUGUCUCAUCCUCACAACAUGGGAAAAAGUCUGCACAUGGGAAGAAGGCAACAUCUACAAAGGGAAGCAGCAGUGGGCAAAAAGUGGGGACUGAGAACGAGGGAUCAUCAUUUAAAUCAGACAUUUUGCUCCUCGAGGCUGCCUCUAACUUCUUCGCUUAUGAGCCGGUGUUGAAGGCCCUGCAAACACACAAUGAGCUGACUGUGCCUUUUGCUGAUUAUAUCUGUGGAAUUGCAGAAGGUGCGAAAAUCUCUUUGCCAGCCUACAUCACUCGGAACACUCGGUAUGAUUUAAAGCCUCUUGUAUCGUUACCUGGUGGAGAGGCUGGGAAGGGUCCAGUGGAGGGGACACGGGGUGCAUCUCCCCAUUCUAAACACCACACAGGUUUAGCUGAGCUUUUGGAGAUGGCACAUUGUGCGUUGACUGCCGAGCCAGCUGCACAAGUUGACCUAGGGUCCGUUCCCAUGGACAAACCUGCUAGCUUUCCUGUUGAUCAACUGGCUGCAAAGUCAACGUUGGACAAAGCCCAGGCGGAGGCGCUGAAGGCAGCACUGACUCAAGAAAUUGUUUUGAUCCAAGGGCCGCCAGGCACAGGGAAGACAUUCCUUGGAGUCAAGCUCAUCCAUAUGCUGCUGCACAAUACGACACGGCAGAAGGUUGCCGAUUCAGCAAAACCAUAUGUGGGGCCAAUUCUCUGUGUGUGCUUUACAAAUCAUGCACUCGAUCAGUUUCUGGAAGGAAUUCUCAGUCAAGGUGUUAAGAAGGUGGUUCGAGUUGGCCAACGCUGCCGAAAUGAGAGCUUGGUACCAUAUAACCUGCAGGAGAUACUGAAGAGGGAUGUGGAUGCAAGGAAAAGUACAUUAGAGCAGCGCCGAGAGGAAUACCACACAAUGAAGGCUCUGGAGGCACUGGAAGGCGAGAUCAGUCAUAACAGGUUCGCAAAGGUGGGGCAGAACUGGGAAUCGGUGAAGGAAUAUCUCACACUUUUCUAUCCCGAUCAAUAUGAGUCGUUGAUGAACAAUGGAGGGAGUAAACAUGAGGAGGAUAGCUCCGACUGGCAGGUAAAUCGUCCUCGGCUCUCAGAAGAUGCUAUCUGGAGCAAUUGGCUGAAAGGGUUUCCCUCUCGUGAUGGCUUCAAGGCAAACCAGUGGUUGAAACUUGCAAGCAAGCAAGGAGUGGAGGAGAAGGUUGGGUACAAAACCGGGAAGGAAGGGGAUGAUGGGUUCGGCGUGAACCAGCUUACGAAUAUGUUUACCGCGUUGGAUGUAGCGACUGGAUGGGAUACUCUGGAGGAGCUGGAGGUAGGUGACAUAGCAGAUAUCGACGAUGGAGUUUUGAGUAUGCCAGGUGGCGUGGAUGGUGGAACCAGAAGAGGACUGUUUCAAUCUCAUGCUGGUGCAGGUACAAGCAAUCAAUGGCCAAAGGGACCAGGAAAGCGGCAAUCAGCAGGCAGGUUGGAGACGGAGCACAUCUCAACCCUUCUGAGCAAUAGUGAAGCGAGUCACCCAGAGAGGACUAUCGAGGAGCUGCUGAAUGUGAGAGAUGUCUGGAGUUUAACUCCUUGCGAGAGGACAAAACUUUUCAAUCACUGGAUUGAGACAAUUCGCAAAGCUGAUCUCGAAAAGCUUGAGGAGGACAUGAGAACUUACGUAAAGAUGAGGGAUCGGCUCAAUGCCAUACGAGAGAUGAAGGAUCUUAGCGUGCUGCGGAAUGCGGACGUAGUUGGGAUGACUACCUCGGGCGUGGCAAAGAGUCUUCGACUGGUGACGGCUCUUGGUCCUCGGAUUGUUGUGGUGGAAGAAGCUGCAGAAGUCUUAGAGCCUCACAUUUUGUCAUGUCUCUCUGCGGCUACCCAACACCUUAUUCUAAUUGGGGACCACUUGCARCUUCGACCAAAGGUGGAGGUGUAUGAGCUCAGCAAGGACUCUCGGAAGGGUUACAAUCUCGAUGUGUCGUUGUUCGAGCGGUUGGUAAAGCAUGGCAAGUUCCCCUUCUACACACUAGAGGAGCAGCGUCGCAUGCGGCCAUGCAUUGCAGAUCUUGUGCGCAAAACAAUUUACCCCAAACUCAGGGAUCAUUCGUCUGUUAAGGCCUAUCCCCCUGUAAAAGGAAUGGUUCAUGACAUCUAUUUCUGGGACCAUGACCAUCCCGAGGCAGGAGAAGACGAGAGCCUGGGGCAGUCAAGGUCAAAGUUCAAUGACAACGAGGCCUACAUGGUCGCUGGGAUUGCGAAGUACUUGUUUUCGCAAGGAUAUAAACCUGAUGAGAUUACCAUUCUCACACCUUAUCYAGGUCAGCUGCAGAAGCUGAGGUCAGUCCUCUCUAAGGUGAUGUAUGUGCAUGUGGAUGAGCGGGACGAGGAGCAGCUGUUGGAUGCAGACAUGAAUGCAGAAGCAGAAGCAGAAAGAACGGGCAAAACUCCGAAACGCAGUGAAGACAAGACCCAGUUGACAGACGGACCCGUCAUCUCAACGAAGUCUCUUCGAGAAUCCAUUCGAAUUGCAACAGUUGACAACUUCCAGGGUGAGGAAAGUACCAUUGUGAUCCUGUCACUGGUGCGAAAUAACCGGGAUGGUAAAAUUGGUUUUCUCAAUUCCGCAAACCGUAUCAAUGUGAUGUUGUCGAGAGCGAAGCAUGGGCUGUACUUGGUUGGAAAUGCAGCAACUUUGAUUGSGAGCCGCAAUUCUAAGAUGUGGCCUCAGGUGCUGCACAUGCUGAAAGAGGACAAGAUGGGGAAGAAACUACCGCUCAAAUGCGAGCAGCACCCGGAGAGGAUCACACACAUCGAGCAUGCUCAAGAUUUUGAGGAGCUGGUCGGCGAUGGUGGCUGCUCACUGUUGUGUGGCUUCCGUCUUCCCUGUGGUCACCAAUGUCCACGCAGGUGUCAUCCCGACAACAGAAACCAUGUUGGCACUAGAUGCCUGAAGCCAUGCCCACGGCUCCGUCCAGCUUCAGAGUGCAAGCAUCAGCACCCUUGUCGAAAGGUGUGUGGCGAGGUAUGUGGUCCGUGUGAAGUUCCUGUGGGCCCUCUCGUCCUUCCGUGUGGCCACACUGCAAGGGAAGUUCCCUGCUGGAAAACCCUGAAACUGGACCAAGUGCCCUGCAGAGUGAUGGUUGAGGUGGGAAUGAUCCUUUGUGGCCAUAUCCUCAAAGUACAAUGCUGGCAGCGAGAGUGGACCCGAGCGCGGCCGCUUCUUUGUCCUGAAAAAUGCAAGAUGCCCCUUCCAUGUGGACAUGAUUGCGCAGCAGGCUGUGGGAAGUGUCUGACCUUGACGCUUCAGCAAAGGCUGGCAGCGAAGGGGGAUAGUAGGGAUACCAAUACCCUGUCUGAGGUGGAUCCCAGAAAUGUGGUGGUCCCCACUCCUUACGAGCUACCACGGCGCACCGAUAACGAUUUUAGGCAUUGCCAAUGUAAUAGCACCUGCAUGCGACCACUUAUUUGCGGCCACCCAUGUGAGUCUGUUUGUCAUGCGACUGAUGGCGACAGAAAAUGUCAGCCCUGCAGUAAGACAUGUGCGGUGCGGUGUGUUCACAGUAGGUGCAGCCUGCCAUGCGACAAAUUGUGCGCACCAUGUGCCGAACCGUGUGCCUGGACAUGCUUGCAUGGGAAUGGCACCUGCCAAAUGCCAUGCAGUGCGCCCUGUGACCGUUUACCAUGUGAUCGACGAUGUGACAAGCCACUGAGUUGUGGGCAUAGGUGCCCGUCGAUUUGUGGGGAGUCAUGCCCGUCGAAGAACUACUGUUCCACAUGUGCGCCAGCCCACCGAAAACAGCAGGUGGUGGACCUUAUCAUGUUCACAACACUGGAAGACCAUGAUCCAUCGGAUGACCCGCUUAUUGUGCUGCCAUGUCAGCAUGCAUUUACGAUAUCGUCGUUGGAUGGUCAUUUGGAAUUCGAAACAGCUUAUGCGCGAGGGCCGGAUGGCAAAUGGGUGCGAGCACGCCCGCUUCAGCAAGAGUUCACGAGGCUCAAGGGUUGUCCGGAGUGUCGUGCACCAAUCACAAGCAUUUUUCGUUAUGGGCGCCUGACAAACAAAGCGUUUGUCGACCAAGCAGAACGAAAGUGUGUGCAGCAAUCGAAUAUGCAACAUGCGGUGUUGGAAUCACAUUUUGAUGACACGCAUACGCGCAUCCGAAGCCUAACCCGAGCACGGACGUACCCUGUACCUGAGGAGGGAGCUCGCUUGCUUGUUUCGUGCAUGAGGAGGCUGCAGGUGAUUGGUUCCCAGUUUGAGCGGCUGUUGAAGACAUGCCAAGAGCCCCCUACUAUGAAGGUCUACAAUGCGAGUGUCGUGGCAAUGAAGAGAAGACAAGAGUUCAGACAUGAUGCCUUCAAGGGCCACAUUGCGAGCCCUUCAUGUGAUUCUGCUGGGCAAGUGCCUGUGCCAAAGCCAGAUUCUAAAGCAGAGCUUUAUGCACAGAUCUCUCUUGGCGAUGUUUUGGGAUUGUCCAUGUCACUGGAGUACUUCUGGGUCCCACAUGCUAUGGAAGUCGCAAAGCGCAGCCAACAAAACUUGCGGGAGCAAGUUUCGAGUCUCGAGCUGCCAAGUGCGUGGGCUGCGGUAGUCAAGCACCUUGAAAUGGCAGACAAGUUAUUUGACGCUGCUCAGAAUUCCUACACAACAGCCGCAGAGAAGGCAGCGGACACCAGGAACAUGCGCACAGAAGCCCUCGCAAAGAUCCAUCUCGCAGAUUUGCAAAUAAGACGCGCGAAGGACAAGGCUGCUGAGCUGUCCACGUGGGGAUUCCCUAGUGCUCUGCCAAUGUUGUCACGCGAGGAGAAGGGAAAUUUCACAUUAUUUUCCAAAAAGAUCGAAAAGGACAGAUUGAGUUUGCUGGACAAAGCAACAGCAAUCCUGCAGCAGGUGAUCGUGAUCCGACUACCCUCUCUGGAGGCAUUACGUGGUGAUGCCGAGAAGAAGUUAACAACAGAAAUCCCUGCCCUGCGGAGAGAAAUUAUUAACAACAAUGUUUCAACGGCAGAAAGAGAGGAAGUGAUCAGGGCAAUAAGGAGUAAGAUUCCCACAGGGGGUGCAUGGUACUAUUGUGAAAAUGGGCAUCCAUACGUGAUUGGGGAAUGUGGAAUGCCCAUGCAGGAAGCAACCUGUCCAGAGUGUGGAGGCCGCAUAGGUGGCAGUUUGCACAGAUUAACAGGCGGGAACCGGAGUGCGGCUGACUUCAAUAGGGUUGCAGCACAGGGCUGAACUCGAACUAGAUCGUCUAAAUAUCGUGCACGAUCGUUAUGGUAACGAACAGACAGGUAUUUUUUUUCCAGGGCAAGUUGUUCUUUCGUUCUGUACACCGCAGUACACAGGAUUCUGAAUCAGGGCCCCUCCUUCUCUCUCUCUCUCUCUCUCUCUCUCUCUCUCUCUCUCUCUCUCUCUCUCUCUCUCUCUCUNUCUCUCUCUCUCUCUCUCUCUCUCUCUCUCUCUCUCUCUCUCUCUCUCUCUCUCUCUCUCUCUCUCUCUCUCUCUCUCUCUCUGUGUGUGUGCCCAUCCAGCAAGCAGUGACUGGAAUGACUUGGUUAGCUAUGUUUAGACCUGUCCGUUUUCUGUAAACUUGCGAGAGUUCGGUUUUAUGUGUCGAGUUCUCACAGCAUCGGACUCGGUUGUAGAGAACGAGUUCUAAAUGAUGUAUCCAAUGCGUGAUACUGUGUUCUAGAAAAUAAGUUGAGAUUGUACAUCUGUUUUCAGAAUGUACAUUAGUGUAAAUCUGUUGUUGUCUUGUGUGCGUGUAGUGUAGUUGUGGUAUGAAAGUAGAGUCAGUGUGAUGGAAGUGGUUUGUGAAGGAUGAGGUGGGGGGUUGUGAAUCUGUCUUUUGAAAAUAGGUUGGUUUGGACUGGGCAUUAAGCGAACCGACAGGUUUGCAGACGAGGGCCUCUCCUUUGUACAUCUUAGUGUUUGAACUUCAGAACCUAUUCAAUUACUCGUUGACCUCAGCGUUAUUUGAGCUUAUUGAGUCAGAUGCUCUCCCAUCGCCGCGGGAUCUUCACAGGUGCGAUGACAAAGGGAUUUCACGAGGGGUUGAUGCAGUGGUUUUGGCUUUUAGGCUGUAGAUGCACCAGGUGUAUCUCUCAGCACCAAUAGAAACCCAUCAGAGAAAAGUGGGGUCCGCAAAUUCCAGUGCAUGUAGUCUGCUGCGAGGAAGGGAGUCGGCGUCGCGAGAAAAGGAAAUUAGGUAGAGUCGGCUUUGUCAUCGAAUCACAUACCUGAAGGACGGUGUAUGGAGGUUGCUCAGGAAUUCAGCUGGUUCUUUUUAAAAAUGAGUCGUGCGACUAUCAACUGGUGUUGUCAGUCUUCUUUGAGGUCCUACCAUCUCCUUCGUACAUGUUUACACUUGUCAGGGGAUGGAAUACAGAACGUAACAAUUUGGUGCCUGACUACCAACCUGUGGCUGUAUGAUAUUCUCCUGACUACUGAAAAAAAACUGUAAUGUUAAGUGUGAACAACCCCUGUGGUUGAAGGAUACUCUCCCGACUACUGAACAAAACAUGUUGAGUGUGAACAAAGCACAUUAAGCGUC